AUGACGGCGACAUCACACAUGCAACAGCAGGCCUCUGACUCAGGUCCCUCCUCGACCGCAGCACCACCCUCGAAGAAGGGGUCUGGCCGCAAACCCAAAAUCUUCUCCGAAUCGCAAGGUCUCUCGCACCUCCUCGCUCUCGCCACAUCCGCCGGCUCCUCAGUAGAAGAUCGUGAUCGCCAACGCUCAAAGCACAGCAAGGAGGUGAUUAAGGCAAAGAAGCAGCAGGCGGCUGCGGGCCAGGAGAAAAAGCGCAAAGCUGCGAAUAGAAAGACUGAGGUGGGCGCCGCCACGGGGGCAGCGAGGAGUAAGAGUGCAAUUAGGGCUGAGCUGAAGGAGAAGGCGAGGGUAAAAGCUAGGGAGAGAAAGGAGAGGAGGCGAGCGGCGAAAAGUGGUGUCAAGGCGGGUGAAGAGGCAGAGGAGGAGCCAUCUGACAACGAUGAGGCCGAGGAGGAGGUAAUCGCCGCCGCAAGUCCGGAGCUCAAGGCGCAGAAGAAGAUGCUCGUGCCCGCCCUAGCGUCCUCGUCCUCGUCAUCACGCAAAGUGAAGGGAGCGCCAAUCAAGGCAGCCGCACCGAAGAAGAAGCGCGUGGCCUUUGCAUAA